UCAAGUUCUCAGCGUCAACUUCAGACACGACCAUGGCGCUGCGAAGAGCGUCGCAACGCAGCUCUGAGACCGCCCGAUGGCAGCUGCUUCGCUCAUACACGGCGUUAUCCCGUGCACAAUUCCGCCAUGCGCCGGCGCCCGCGGCUUUCGCGCGCUCCGAGCCGCUAUCGCUUAGCAGCUCCGGUGUUCUCACGGCCCCCGCAGGCGCCAACUCGCUGCUACUGGACAGCGCGCGCUUCAUAUCGCAGCGACCAGCUCGCCGUAACAGCAAUGGAGACAUCAGCAAGGAAGAGAAUAUAGCCAAAGCGGCAGCGGAAACCUCCGCCACCUACGAGAUGUUGCUACAACGGCUGUACCAGGUGAACCGCUUCUCAGCUGUCAAGCUCGGACUCGAGAACAUGCAGAAACUGAACGCAGCCUUUGGAGACCCAGCCUCGCAAUUUGAGAUCAUCCACGUUGCAGGCACCAACGGCAAAGGAUCCGUGGCGUUCAAGGUGGCCAAGGCGCUCGAGCGCUCAGGACAUAAGACGGGGCUAUUCGUGUCGCCGCACGUCGCUUGUUUCCGCGAGCGCGUGCAAGUCAACGGUCAGCUUAUCUCCGAGAGCGACGUGUGCGACGCGCUGUCUGAAAUCUUCAACAUCAGCGCACAACUCCGGAUCCCAGCCACGUUCUUCGAGAUUACCACUAUGCUGGCCUUCAUGCACUUCGCCAAACAGGGCGUAGAUUGUGUCGUGCUGGAGACAGGCCUCGGUGGUCGAUUGGACUCGACAAACAUUGUGACACCGGCCUUGUCAGUGAUCACAUCCAUUGGCCUCGACCACACGCGCAUUCUGGGCAACACUCGUGAGGCCAUUGCACGUGAGAAGGCAGGCAUUAUCAAGGCAAACGUGCCAGUUGUGGUAGGACCAAAUACGCCUGUAAAUGUAAUGAUGGAGUUCGCAGCGCGGAAUAACGCCCCGCUUGUACGCGUGCCUCUCCAAGCGGACUUUGAUGAAGAUUAUAACGCCGAAAAUACGGCCAUCGCACGCGAAGCUUGCGUGCAGCUCAACACACUGCACAGUUUGAAGACCGGCCGUUCCCGUGCAGCCCAGAAACUCUGUGUCGACUUGACGAACAAACGCGUUAAUGCUGCGCUCGAGGCACGUCCUCCGUGUCGGUUCCAGGUGCUGCAUCUCAUGCGCCCCAACUCGAAGGAACGCAAGAUGACAGUAGUGCUGGACGUGGCGCACAACCCGCAGGCCAUCGACAAGCUGGUAGGACUCUUGCACAAGCAGUUCCCCGACAAGAAAUUCCGGUUCGUGUGUGGCUUCUCGGCUGACAAGGCCAUCAACAAGGUGCUGGAUAAGAUUACGGAAGUGGUCCGUGACACCCACCCGGACGAGAGCGACGAGGAGCUGCAGGAGCGAAUCCACUUGGUUAAGGCCAACCACCCUCGUGGGGCGUCACUUGAAGAAAUUAAUGGAGCGUUAGCGAGUGCCACUGCUGAGGGUGAGGAGCCUCGUGUAUACGGCACCAUUUCCACAAUCAAAGACGGCGUGAAUGCCGCGCUGGCCGCAUCGCGCGCAUCGUCCGACGACGAGGUAGUUGUGGUGUGUGGCAGUGUAUUCCUUAUGGCGGAGGCGCGCCAGGCACUCGGCCUAAAGGAACCAAUCGACAGCGCAGCACUCAACGCGGUAGCGGGCUUGCACCUAUCGACCCCCGAACACCGCAUCGCCGUAGCGGAGCAGGAAGCCGAGGUGGCCGCGGCCACAUAA